AACUGGUCACACGGCUCGAAUUUCAUAUAAACAUAAAAACAAGAUGCUACCUGGCGUUGGCGUAUUCGGAACAGGUGAAAUCGCCAAUGUCCUGGUGCCGCUGCUACGAGAGAAGGGUUUCGAAGUGAAGGCCAUUUGGGGGCGCACACUAAGGGAGGCCAAGGAAACGGCCAACGCACAGAAUGUAGCAUUUUACACAAACGUCAUAGACGAAGUGCUUCUACGAAAAGAUGUCGAUCUGGUAUUUAUAGUGUGUCAGCCGUUUCUGCACGCGGAGAUUUCGGUGAAGGCGCUGGGCAUUGGGAAGCAUGUAGUAUGCGACAAGCCAGCAGGUCUUCAUCAAGCAGAUGCCAUGAAAAUGGUGCGUGCUUCCCAGUACUAUCCGACACUCAUAUCUCUGGUGAAUCAUCCACUGAGGUUCUUGCCCGCAUUUACCCAAAUGCGACGCUGCCUUCAGGAAGGACUUAUCGGACCGCUAGGGGACGUGGUCCUGAUGGAUGUGCGUGUGCAAAUGGGCACACUCUUUCCCGAAAAGUACAACUGGAUGUGUGAUGCCCAGAUGGGCGGUGGUGCACUCAAUCUUGUGGGCAGUGUGGUGGAUUUGGUGCACUUUUUGUUGCAACAACAUGCAGUGCGUGUGCAUGGUGUACUGAGAGCCUACACCAAAACAACAGGGGCCAUCAAUGGCAUACGCCAAAUAACAGCUCCGGAUUUCUGCAAUUUUCAAAUGGAACUGGCCAGUGGUACGCUCGUUACGGUGGCUCUUCAUAGUCACACGGUUCCGACGAAAACCUUUUCCCAAGAAGUACUCGUCUAUGGCAGCAAAGGUCAUCUGGUUGUGCGAGGCGGCGACCUGUUUGCCCUUAAGGAGUCUCAACAAAAGGAGGAAGCCGUCUAUGUGGAUGUCCAGGACUUGCACAUAUCUACCAACAAUUCAUUACUUCCGCGUCCAUACAUCAAGGGUAUGUGCAAAAUGGUAGGUGCUCUCAAGGAAGCCUUCAACAGCAAAGAGUCCAGCUGGAUAAAGGCGCCUGUCUCCACCGCCGCCACAUUCGAAGAUGGCCUCUACGUACAGGCCGUCGUCGAAGCUAUACGCAAGUCGAAUGAAACCCGUCAGUGGCAGCGCGUCGAAUUGACCACAGAUGCGCCCCUCAACCAUGACCAGAUUAUUAGGUAUGGAUAUGCGCGGAUGCCCACCAUGUGAAUGGGAUGCGCCUUUAAACUUUGAACGUAUUUAACUUAUUGUUUCGGCAUUUACAUUUUGCAUUAAUAAACCACCUUUAGAUUUUUAAGAUGA